AUGUCUUCUUUGGCGAAUGCCGGCUUAGCUCGUUAUGCGUGCGACUACUGCAAGCAAAAGAAGUUUAGAUGUUCCAAGGAGCUUCCAAAGUGCAUCGCGUGCCAACCAUGGCCAGGGCCUUGUAACUAUUCCCGAGAUAAACCGGCACUCAAGGGCAGCGUCCAUGAGCGAGCAACCCCUCCUUCUCUUGAUUUGAAGAACCAGAAGAGCAUAGAAAGGCUACAUACACGAUUGAAGAAUCUAGAACAAGAGGUACAGGCUCUAACUACUACUGUAACUCAAGGCGUUGAGGCGGUGAAUUAUGUUACAUCAGCAAACUACCAGCCGGUGUCUGAAAAAGACUGCGAGCCUCAAGACGGAAAUGAUUCACGUCGCGACCUGAAUGUAGAAGAUCCGAGUUCCUUUUUCUUUUUAAAGGACGUAUCUAUCACCAACACAACUAUCGGUUCAACACCUCUCCACCAACAUGCAGCCAGGGAGUUCCAAUUUUUGUCAGAUUCUUUGACAACAGCAGUUGUAACCAGUAAAGGUUAUCAUAAUACUGGCUUUUUUGUACCGUCCAAAGGCGAAGGGUAUCAGAUGAUAGGUCGCUUCUUGGAAAACGCCAGCCUGGGUGACGCGUUCUUCAUCACACCCUCAGAGAGCCUCCUCAUACAAACCAUUUUCAGACCUUAUACUGUCUCGAAAAAGGCAUGGGUGGUGUAUAUAAACUACAUGAUUCUCACUAUGCUAGCACAUAACGAAGAUGCCAGAGCUCAACAGUACAGGAACAAUAUGAAGUUGGCGCUUAACGAUAGCAGAAUCUUUCUCGAACCUCAUGAAGCCAAUCUUCAAACCCUCAUCAUGCUUGCCAUUCAUGGUGAGGAUUAUGCUUCGCCUAAUGAAUCGUGGAUGCUUGUUGGCCAUGCCUGUCGUCAAGCUGAGGCUUUAGGGCUGCACACACCGUCCGAAGCAGAUUAUGUGACAACGCAGCGGAGUCUGAGCCUAUUUUGGCUUCUUUUUGCCGUAGACAAGUCAUGUGCUCUUGCGUUUGGCCGUUCAUGUUCUCUCCCAUCGGCAACAUACUCUCACGUUCCGCUGCCAGAUUUGCGUUAUUUGACAAAGUUUCAUCCUUGCAAUGACUCCCCUGAUGCAGAUGGAAGGACCGAAAGAUCUAUGUUCGGAGGCCAUAUGUUUCUUGCGCGCAUUGAGCUCGCACAGAUGAUCGGGGUGGCCCUCGACUCAAGGCACAUCUCCGAGUCAGAAGACGGCAUGAAGGAGCGUUUCGAAGAGUGGUAUUCGGCAACAAACAAGAUAUUGAGCGAUACACUACAGAAUGAAAUACGUUUCUCGAGCCCCAAUGAGCUACGCGAGAUGAAAUUGGGCAUUAGCACUAUCAAGUUUGAGUACUUGCAUGUGUUGAUGGUCCUCCUCAAAUCGCAUCCACCUUCUGCCAACUUGAGACUAGACACCGCGAGGGAAGCCAUCACUAUUCUUCCUUCGAUGAUCUCCAAUUGGACUUCGAUAUAUAACAGUAUGAUCUGGCAUCUCCUAUACUACCCCUUCAUACCGUAUUUUAUCAUAUUCGAGAACUUAGUCCACAAACAUGCGCUUUCCAGUAGGAUCACGAUUCAGCGAGACCUCGAGCUUUUGUCUAUGACUGUCUCCUACUAUCAUACUAUGAGAGAUCAAAUGCAAAUGUUAGCUCCUUUAUGUAAGCGCCUUGAGAAUAUUGCAACAGUAUUCCUACGCUUGGCAAAGCAGUGCGUUGAUGGUCUACAUCCCUUUUUACCAACUCAGCAACUCUCAGCAAGUACCCAUACUGUGAGUAGUUCAAAGGAAGAGAAUUACGUUCCACCUUUGAGGGACAUACAAAUGGAGCUGGGUGGCGAAAUUGGCGCUGAUCUGGAGCAUUAUAUCCAGUGGCUACCGCCAAAUAUGAUCCCUACACAGAUUUCGCGCACCACUGAGGCUACAGAGGCAAGCCCGGCUCACGUUCCCUCCAGAAGCGCUUCAUCGGAACCGGUGCAGCCAGACUCCCGGGGUACCAAGAAGCCGUUUGAUGUCAUGUUUGAUUGGUUCGCUUGGGAUGUUUAUUACGGGGAGCAGAACGGCGAUAGGCUAUAA